CAUCGGAGCAGCACUCGCCAUGUGCAGAUGGGUUUGAGCAAAAUCUAAAGUUGCAGCUCAUUGUUAGUUGCGAGGAGGUGAUGUGGAGAAUUGAGAAGCAUCUCCACACACGAGACAGGCAGCCCGUCAUCAGGUUGGCGUGCACGCGUUCUGUGGGCCAUGGGCAUUACGAGGCGGUCUGCCGGAGCCCGGUCCGUGGGAGGGGUCUACCGAACCUUUCCCUCUAAUUGACCGAGGAGCAGAAGCAGGCGGGACGCGAGCGGCCACGGACCGGCGGAGAGGCGGACGCAUGGGCUUGGCAAAACGGGAAACCCAGCCCCAAGCUCAAAUGGCUGAUCUGGAGCUGUUUUACUAUGAUCAACCCGAUCGGAAGGAUGCUUCCUUGGUUGUUAAGGAGCAAAGUGUCAGCCCCAUCGGCCGCGGGAAGUCGCUUCAUCCCGGCGGAGGAGAGGCUUCAGCACCACGGACAGAGACCCGGAGAGCCGCGCGGCCAGAGGACGAAACGGAAACAUCUUUCACCUGCAAACACCAAGGUUCGGAUGACGAUGAUGAUGAUGUCCAGCUAAUAGGGACAAGUCCACAAACAUUCAGCCUGAGUCAGAGCUCCUCAAGUGAACUGUGCGAGGCGGAGGAAGGGGAGGAGGAGGGAGAGGAAGAAGAGGACAUCCCGGAACUUUACUUGUUGUCCGACGACGACCUCUCCUCCGACGCCUCGGGGAAGUCCGUGGAUUACGGCUUCAUCAUCGCCGUGACGUGCCUGGUGACCGGCAUCUCUCUGGUCGCCAUAUCCUACGCGGUCCCCAGGGACGUGCGGGUGGACCCGGACACCGUGUCCGCCCGAGAGAUGGAGCGGCUGGAGCGGGAGAAAGCCGCUGUGGGGGCUCAUCUGGACCGGUGCGUCAUAGCGGGACUGUGCCUGCUUACCCUCGGGGGCGUGCUGCUCUCCACCUUGCUCAUGGUCUCCAUGUGGAAAGGAGAGAUGAUGAGGAGGAAGGCUUUCGCUUAUUCCAAAAACGCAGCAAAGUUGUACGGGUCGAUCAAUUUGAGAGCAGGCUCCAGCCCGACUUGGGGAUCCUGCUCACAUUUGUCAGGGGCUGAUGAGGAUUUAGAAGUGCUCAGCUGAAUCUAAGGACAAGACAAGAGGAAAAGACUCUGAGAAGUGUCUAGGAAAUCCUACUGAGGCAGUCUAAUCGGAAUGAUGUGAAGGUGUAAUGCCUUUAUUAUUUCUAACAGCUGUUUUUUUAAGGAUAUCUUUGACUUAAUUUAGCUUGAACAGUAUGUAUACCAACAGACUUUUUGUUUGCUGUAAUUGUUCCUUCUGUCCAUAUAGAUAUAAAUGUCUUAAAAGGUCUUACGCAACUCUGGGAAGUUGUCCUGUACGUCGUAAAACAGUAGAACUAAAGGGUUCAUGUGUGCCAUUAGUCUCAGACAUAGUCUGGAAGAUCACAACGACUUGUACAAAAAUAGGUAAGUAACUUGCAUACUAUUUGAACUACAAAGUCUCAUAUUGACCUUACAGAAAUUGGAAUACCUUAUGUAUAUAUGGACAAAAGGGACAUUUCCAACCAACCUCAAUGUCAGUAUUGUAUGUAAACUCACCCAAGCUGUACCAUCAUUGUACCAUCAUAUAUAUAUAUAU